CCUGCUGGCUUAACCCCUCCCUGCCCGGGAGGGACGGCUUUCCCCCUUGCCUUCCAGCAAACAGGAUCAAGGGAGUGGUUUGGACUGCCAAGAAGAAGGAAGAAGAAAAAGGGGGAAAUAGCUGUCGGAUUAGAGGAAGCCUCAGUUCCACCUCUCUCAACUUUUCAUCCCGCAAGCUUCAGAUUUCUUCCUUUUUCCUUUUCUUUUUCUCUUCUUCUUUUCCUCCCAGGGACGGACACCCGGGACAGGAUCCACAAAGGGACAAAGGGACAUGGCCAAGUCUUACGAUCACCUCUUCAAACUGUUGCUGAUUGGGGACAGUGGCGUCGGAAAAACCUGCCUGAUCAUCCGCUUUGCAGAGGACAACUUCAGCGGCACGUACAUCAGCACCAUUGGGAUUGACUUUAAGAUCCGGACCGUGGAUAUUGAAGGCAAGCGGAUCAAGCUGCAAGUCUGGGACACGGCUGGCCAGGAACGGUUCAAGACCAUCACCACGGCAUAUUACCGGGGAGCCAUGGGGAUUAUCCUUGUAUACGAUAUCACCGAUGAAAAAUCCUUCGAAAAUAUCCAGAAUUGGAUGAAGAGCAUCAAAGAGAACGCUUCGGCCGGCGUGGAGCGCCUCCUGCUGGGGAACAAGAGUGACAUGGAGAACAAGCGCAAAGUGCCCCGGGACCAAGCGGAGAAGCUGUCCAAGGAGCACGGGAUCCGGUUCUUUGAGACGAGCGCUAAGUCCAGCUUGAACGUAGAAGAGGCUUUCAGCACUUUGGCCAGGGACAUCCUUCUGAAAUCGGGCAAGAAACCGGCUCAGCAGCACAUCAAGGGAAUGUUGGACCCCAAAAGGCCGCAGAAAAGCAGCAGUAAAUGUUCCAUGGUGUAGUUAGCAGCCGGCUCGUCUAGAAGCAGCCCGUUGCCACUCCAGAGGCCUCUGCAGCGGGCACCAUCUCCCCCUUCACUCCAAAACGCCUCCGUUCUCUUUCGCGGAGACUCUCAAGCCCUUCCGGGCCGGACCCCGAGGGCAGACGGCAGCUGGAGGCCGGGACCUCCCCCUCUUUCCUUCUGGAUCCCGUGCUCCUUCAGCUGAGGGAUCCCGACAGAUCUGAAGUGGGGAUCUCAAGAAAGGGACGAUAUACUAGAAUGCACUGGGCCAGCCCUGAACCUCUGGAAUUUCAAGGGGCGCUACCGAAUCUUCGUGAAUCCGGCCUGUCGAUCGGCAGAAUGUCUUCCCCCGCUGCCAAGCGACUCUGCGCUGUAUUACUCAUAGGAAGGAGGCUGACCAGUUCCCGGUUUCCAGGGGGGAAGGAGGCUCCCUCUGCACGGUACUUGUGCAGAUCCUUUAACCUGGGCACGCAAAAUCAUCCCCCCCACCCCAAAAAGAUCAGUCCACGCACACGUGCCUC